UUUGAGGGGGGCGGGGGGUGGAGGAAGCGGAAAGCCGCCGAGUCGCCGGGGACCUCCGGGGUGAACCAUGUUGAGUCCUGCCAACGGGGAGCAGAUCCACCUGGUGAACUAUGUGGAGGAUUACCUGGACUCCAUCGAGUCACUGCCUUUCGACCUGCAGAGGAACGUCUCGCUGAUGCGGGAGAUCGACGCCAAAUACCAAGAGAUCCUGAAGGAGCUGGAUGACUACUAUGAGAAGUUCAAGCGGGAGACGGACGGCACCCAGAAGAGGCGGGUGCUGCACUGCAUCCAGAGGGCCUUGAUCCGCAGUCAGGAGCUGGGCGAUGAGAAGAUCCAGAUCGUCAGUCAGAUGGUGGAGCUGGUGGAGAACCGCACCAGGCAGGUGGACAGUCAUGUGGAGCUCUUCGAAGCCCACCAGGACAUCAGCGACAGCACUGGCAGCGGCGGCAAGGCCGGCCAGGACAAGUCGAAGAGUGAGACAAUCGCUCAGGCAGACAAGCCGAAUAACAAGCGGUCCCGGAGGCAGCGAAACAACGAGAAUCGAGAGAAUGCAUCUAAUAAUCACGACCAUGAUGACAUCACCUCAGGAACGCCCAAGGAGAAGAAAGCAAAAACCUCAAAGAAGAAGAAACGCUCCAAGGCCAAAGCAGAGAGGGAAGCCUCUCCCGCAGACCUCCCCAUCGACCCCAACGAGCCCACGUACUGUCUGUGCAAUCAGGUCUCCUAUGGAGAGAUGAUCGGCUGUGACAACGACGAGUGCCCCAUCGAGUGGUUCCACUUCUCCUGUGUGGGACUCAACCAUAAACCAAAGGGCAAGUGGUACUGCCCCAAAUGUCGUGGGGAGAACGAGAAAACAAUGGACAAAGCCCUGGAGAAGUCCAAGAAAGAAAGGGCUUACAACAGGUAGUUUGUGGACAUUCACACGUGAGAACAGACCCGCCGGUGUAUUUGUGUCGCUGCCUUUGCGGAAGUCCGAGGACGGUCAGAUGGGUGUUUUUAGAGGGGCUGGAGGAUCCUCUCCUCGGGACAGCGGAGACAGCCUGUGUCUUCAUGGUGUACCCGUAACCAGACUGGGCUGCAGAUCAGCAGUUUAGAAACUACAAAGAGAGGUUCCAAUUAAACAUGUCAGCAAAUGUCAGACUGGUUUUGGGGGUUGGGGAGUGACUUGGAAGUAAUCUAACAGAUGUAUAAAGAAGAGAUUUAAUUUGGCUGUUUUAACAAAAAUGUUAUGGUUUACAAAAAAAACCAAAAUUCACCAGGUUGCUGAAGUGCAGCAAGAGUGCUUCUCGCUACCACAGUGUAUAUCCACAGGACAAGCUGGUCAAAGGUUUAAAGUCUAAAUGUUAUUUUUUAAAAAGGUAAAUGAGUAAAUUUUACAUGACAUUUUAUACAUGGCCUAUUCCCCAACUGGCCAUUUUUAAUGACUGGGUACAUUUUUAAUAGGUCAGACACAGUGGUCCAGGCAGUGGGUCCAAGUCUUGCCUUUGCUACCCUAGGUCAUAGUGUAGCCACCUUUAACUUAUAUGAAGUGUAUAAAUGUACAUUUCCCAGCCACCCCGCCCCUGCUGUAUUAUAACCGGAAGUGCAGCCUGGUGCUGUUGUGAAGCCAAGGUGCGCGUCCUGCUGCGUGUGUGAGCUGUAUAGAUGUUGUGUCAAGAAAUAAAUGAAACUUGACCAGUUUGUUUCUUUAGCAUUUAAUUUUAACAUAUAAAUAAUUUUAAAUUUUUUUGUCUUAAAAAUUUAUACACCAGCAGUUUAGACAAAGCCUUAAGCAAAUUGUAUAUCACUGAUCUCACAUAAUAAGGAAGUAGACAUUAUGUCCAUGCCAGCAAAUAAAUGUCAAAAACUACUUAGAGCAGAGGUUAGGAAGUGACUGUGUACUAGAGAUCCAGCCCCACCAUCUGUUUUGUGUGGCCUGUGAGCUAAGAAUGGGCCCUGUGUUUCUAAGUGCUUUGAAAACUCUCAUUUCAUGAUACAUGAAAGUCCUAUGAAUUCAGAUUUGAGUGUCUAUAAAUAAAGACUCGUUGGAACAC